AGUACGCGCUGCGAAACGAAAUCGAUGUGUUGUUCGGCACAAUCGUCAAUAUAACGUUUUGUGAAUUACGAUAGCUAUCAUAAUAGCCAGUAUGUGAUAGAUACUUGACCGGUAAACAAUUUCUCUUAUUACUUGAACGUUUUGAAAAAAAAAAAAAAAAAAUUAUAAUUCAGAAAGACAAAAAAAAAACAUUAUCGCUGAAUUCGUUGGGGUAAAUGUGUAAAAGUUAAAAAAAAAGCUAUAACGAAAAAAAAACAGAAUUUUGAAAUCCUUCGAAAUUUGAGUUUGUUGUGAAUCCACCACCCAAAAAAAAUCCACCACACAAGACUUGUGACAGCCCUACAUUUGAACAGAUUAUUGGUAUUUGAGCAGUCCAAAAAUGGCUGACAGUGAAAUAGAGGAGGCUAAAAACCUCAAAAUCGAAUUCGAAUGGGUACUUAGUAUGGAAACUCAUUCUGUUCUCAAGAAUCUCCAUUCACUUCUCGUGGAAUGUGCACACCGAUUUCCAGUGUAUGGUAACGAAGCCGGAAAACAAGAUCAAUUCAUAUUGACGGUUCCACAACAAGAUCAAUUAAAAUGCGUUGUUACAUUAACGGGUGAUAGCAUCUCACAAGCAGACAUAAGUUUUAAAGUUCAGAGAGCACAAACACUAUCUCAACGAACAGCCAUUAAUCCUGAAUCGCCGUGGAAACUUCAACAAGUGCAGGAUGCAGCCAAUCAUCUCCAACAAGCCAUUUAUCAUAUUGACGAUGUGGACAGCUCGUAUCGUUUUAAGUCAUCAGAUGAAGUACUGCAUAUCAUAAGCAAUAUUUUAGAAGCAUUGCAACGGGCCAGAACCAGUCUUGUCAUUCCGAAAAAGAAACCCAUCGAUGAACUCAUGAAAAGUAGAAAUAUGAAAUCUCUAAUACCCCUUUUGCCGGACGAUUUGGCCAUAAGCUUUUAUUUGCAAAGCCACAAAUUAAUAUUUGCCGUCUAUCAACUGACAAAUGUACAAGGAACGAUAAAAUUUGAUUCAUUUCAAGCUGAAUGCUCAGUACCAUGGAUAAAUGAAGUGCUGGUUUUUCUCACUGUUGCCAUGCAACUUUGUCAGAAAUUGAAAGACAAGAUUUCGGUAUUUUCGCAAUAUAAAGACUUUACCGUUAAUUCUCGAUCACCAUCAGCAACAUUUUACUAGAGGGCUUUAGAGAUUUCCAUUUAUAUGUGUAUCUAAAAAAAUAUCACUCAGUUUAAUGCAUAGAAGAUCAUAUAUUUAUUGAAAAUCAAAUUAUCAAAUUUAUAUGUUAAAACUUCUGUUUUGCCAAAGGUCAUGUUAAAACGUUCUAGUUGUACUAAAGCAAGACAAAAAAAGAGUGAACAACUAAUAUCAUUAGAAUCUAAACUAUGCUAUAAGUACUUAAUUUUACUUGACUUUUAGAUUUUAUUGAGUUGUUGCUCAUUUUUUGUUAUAUAUAAUGAUAACUUGAUUUAUUUGACUAAAAGGGAAAAUUAUUCAUUAAUCGAAAUCGAAUAUGCGAAAACAACGUUCCAAAAAAACAAGUUGCUCUGGGCAAUAUAAAUUAUAUGAUUUCUCGUAUUUUUAAG